ACAUCCCCCAUCUACCAUUGCCUCCAGACUCGAUCAUAUCAAAGACUAAUGCUUUGAAGUAUCAUCCACUUGCACUCAAAAGGCUAGAUGAACUAAAGCCUAUGAUGCAAGUUAGGAAGUAAGUUGCAAUUGCUGCGAUGGAUAGAGAAGUGGAGAGAGGGGCAAAGCGAGAUGCAACUGGACCGGGAGGACGUGGUGGAAGCAAGCCUGAUUCCAAACAGGCACUGAGAGGCUUUCGGGGAAUUCUUCAGUGGGUUGAUAACUUGCCGAUCGGCCCGUGGUCAAAAAAAUUUAAUAACUACAUCGGCGUUUUAGUACGGCGGACCCAAAUCAUAAACCCGUACUUCAAAUUCAAGGAGCUUCCAUGGUCCGCAUACGAGGAUAUAUGGAGAGAGUUGAUGCAAUACUAUUGUCUUGAGGACUACCCUGGGGCGUGGCACUAUGUUUUCAAUAUCAAAGUUGAGGCCGUGCUCAAACAGUGGCGACAUGAGCUGAAGAUAUCAACAUAUGAUAAAUAUACCCAAGAUUGGCAGAGAUUUUUAAAUCUCGAUGAGAGGGUGGAUCUCGAUCAUUUCACGGCUCUUCUUUUUUAUUGGGAUACCGAGUCCGCACAGAAUAAAUCUAAGAAGGGCUCGACGAACCGACAUAGCAAGCGCAAGCUUGACCACCACUUGGGAUCGACGUCCUUUGCCAAUCUUGAGUAUAGUUAUUGUCGAGACACGGGGAAGCCGAUAAUGCCGAUCAAUUUGAAGGCAGAGUUAGCUUACGGCACCUUUCACUCAACAUAUAAAGAUGAAGACAAGAUUAAAGAAAACAUGGUGUUGGUGGAUAAUAUUGCUGCUGCAUCAAAGGAUGCAGCACUACGUGCUACCCAAGAAGCUGCUGAUGACCCUCAUGUCUUGUCUAGAGAGGAAAAUAAUGUCAUUGCAAUGAAUGUGAUGGGGUAUAAUAACCGGGGCAGAUUUUCAUUGAUGGGGGUUGGAGCUCAGCGGGGUACCUCCGGAAAAUCCUCCACGGCGUCCUCGACAACCUCGACUGUGACAACAUCAUCAAACAGAACUCACACCACUUCUACAAUUAUGCGCGUCAAUCGUUAUCUGCGCGGUAAGAUCGACCCUACAUUACUCAUGCAGCUGACGACGGCUAUGUAUUCAGAUUUGCCUCCAUCCCCUACUAGCGACGAUGUUUUUACACACAUCGUUUUAUGCUUGUCCGGGAAGAUUUUGGCUGAAUUAUUUGGAGAAGUUUUGGACCAAAUAGAUUUAGACGCUGGCGCACAAGCUAGACUUGCUGGAGGAAGCAGUAGUGGUGUGUAGAGGAGGGAACUUGACGAUGAUGAUGACUCUUGAUUUUAUGAGGUGCAUGUGUUUCUUUGAGCAUCGCUAGAGAAAAUAAUGCUCGUGGACCUGGAUAUCGGUUUGUAAAUCGUCGUCGUAUUUUUAAAUCACAACUUUCUUUGUGUUCCUAAAACAAAUAGUGAGUUGCUUAAGUUGUGCGGCAAAUUUAUAUGUAUAUAUAUGUGGAUGAUUAUAAGUUGGCAGAGAUACUUUAAGAGAGAGAUGAUAUGUAUGAAAAAACAUGUGUGACUUUGUUGUGUAGUCGUUUAGAAUUGUUUGUGUGAUUUAUAUAAGUUAGUUUGUGGAUA